AUGGCUAAAAUUCGGAACAAACCAGCCGCUGGCAAGUCACCAACUAGCUCCGUUUUUUUACUAUAUACCAUUUCAUGCCCUAAAAGCUGGGUUGGGUACGAAGGAAGGUGCUACUAUUUCUCCAGUGCUGAAGGGACCUGGGACUUCAGCCAAAGGAACUCCAAGGAGAGCAGCGAUGGCAGCGGCUCCACGCGUUCGGCUUUCCAGCAUGAUGACUUUGUGAUGCGUUAUAAGAUCUCUGCUGAUCACUGGUUUGGCCUUCGAAGGGAGGGCGAAGGACAGCCCUGGAAAUGGACAAACGGUUCCAUCUUCAACAACUGGUUUAACAUUAGAGCCAAAGGCUUUUGUACUUACUUGAAUGACGAAGGGGCCUUUUCAACACGAUGUGACACACUACGAAACUGGAUAUGCAGCAAAUCACUUCACAGUUUUCACUGCAAGGAUGUUCUGCGUUUUCCCACCAACACUUCAUUACUGGACAGUGGUUACCAAUUAAUGAAGAUAAACUGCUCGAUGCCAGAGAGCUAGCAGAAAGAGGGAGGCGAAUGAAGGCUGGGGCCCAUUCUGCAUCUAGCAUUCGCCCCAUUGUUUUACCAA